AUGGGUACUGGCAGUUUGCUGGUAUUUCCUGUAUUUUUUAUAUAUUUCAGUAAAGAAAUAUUGCGAGCAGUGCCUUACGUACCAAUACUGACAACAACGGCUGUUUGGGCUAUAUGGUUUUGUGCAAUAGCUAAUUUUUAUUAUGAAAAUCUGUUGUUCUUUUUUGCACCUACAUACUUGCACGCAGUACUUGGGUUCCAUGUGCAUGAUACGGGUUUCACUGCCGCUCUACCUCCUCUGUCACAUUUUGCGAUCAAAAUAGCCUGUGGCAUAGCUAGCGAUAAGAUACGAUCGAUUGGAGACACCGCCAAAGUAAAGAUAUUCAACACAGUGGCAUAUUUUGGAUGUGCGGCAUGUUUAUUCAUACUUGCUUUUUUCGGUGACGGUCGGAAAAUGCUAUGUUUGGUGUUGUUGUCCUUAUCCGCAGGAUUUCUUGGUUUUACACCCGGUGGAUUUUACAAAUCGGCAUCGCUUAUCGCACGGCACUAUGCACCCUUCGUCACCGGCAACGUGUCGCUCAUGAUGAUUGUCACAAUGCUUUUCGUACCAUUCGCUGUGGCAACAAUUGCGCCUGACAAUACUGUGUUCCAGUGGCAAAUCGUAACUUAUUUUCGAAAUUUGAACAACCAACAAAUUUUAUAUUUUAUUCCACCGGUGCGUUGUUCAUCGUCACUGGGACUUUCUUCCUGUUCUUCGGAUCUGCACAUCCUGCUGUGUGGACGCAAACACAGAAGUGAGCAGAACUACCACUCAGAUGCAGUGCAGGUAACUGGAGUGCUGAUAAUCGACGAACCAUGA